GAAAUUAUAGAGGGAAGAAGAAGAAUGUGAAGGAGAUUGAGGAGGGAAUAACAAAACAAAAAACAUGUGAGCAGCGCUAUCAUUUACGCAGAGAGAAGCGUUUCUCGAUCCACCUCUUUGUUUAUACCUCAUCCAUAAUAGCUUGAGUUGGAAGAUGAGCAACGUCGUCGCAAUUUGCAUUUGCUUGAAAUCACAUCAUCUUUAAGUCCUACUACUAUGGGGACGUGAUCAGGAUAAACGAUAAUCCAACAUUGCCAUGCUUAUAACGUUGAUGAGAAAGCAGUUCAUGAAGAACAUUGGCGGAUCCUAGGGCUUAAUUAUACAGCAACUGUAAGGCAGGUCUGACUCUCUUCGCAGCAGAUCAUGGUAGCUGCCGCUGAUGGUGAUCAUUCACGAGAUCGUUGGGUUAUAAGGGGACGUCAACAUGGUGGCUGUCAAUGCUCGUGAUCGUCCACGUUCGUUGACGACCGUCUUCAAAAUCGAACGGUUCAUCGCCCUCGUCUUCGCCGGCCUCGAGAUCAUAAUCCACGCUGGGGCCAUCUGGGGUUGGCCUUCCUACGUCUACGUUCUCAAGCAGGAUGGAUUCUUCGGUGACCUGUGCCACACUAACAAUGAUCCCGCAGGGUAUUCGCAGAACUCUUCUCUGGAGAAAUCAAUUGUAACUGUCAUUGAUAUUGAUUUACCAUCGCCCUCCGGUGUACCGCAGGGCGUGGGUUGCUAUGACCAAGAUGCCAUGAUACAACUGGUUUUCACAGUUUCCAUGGGAACGAAUCUUGUCUGCUCCUGCUGGCUAUCGAACAUCAUCGACAGAUUUGGAAUACGGUUUGCAAGAAUAUUCAUAUUCGUUGGCUGUUUAGUGAGUUAUAUUCUAUUUGCAGUAGCCACGCCUGAGACCGCGUACAUGUUAUUCCCAGCUAUGACUAUCUUGACGUCAUGCGGCACUUUACUACUCACUGUUAACUUACAGGUCGGUAAUCUUUUUGGUCGAGGUAAAGCUACCGUGAUGUCAUGGUUAAAUGGAUGCCUCAGUACAUCAGUCAUCGUAUUCUAUCUCGUUAAGGUCGCUCAUGAGUCGGGCAUACCAGCUCGAUACUCAUUUAUCUUCCUGGCCGGAUCAACCCUCUUGAUGCUCAUCAACACCAUCAUGAUGCCCAAGAAACGUAUCCCAUGGCCCCUCCCGGAAGGAUACCGGCUCUUGACUUCCCGGAAGGAGUCUCUGCCGUCAAACAAUGCGGAGGUCAGCCAAUCGCCAGAGUCGAAGCCCCUGAGAGACGACACCGAUCCAGGAGAUACUGACGUGAUCGAGAAAAGAUGCCCAGAGGAUGAGAUAAAGACUCACACACAUUUUAAUGAUAUCCAGGAGCUGGGAGAAACUCUAAAACGACAGAGGUACCCCAGCUUUCGAGUUUGUGUAUUCUCCCCUCUCUUCUGGUUGGUUGUCCUCUGGUUUGGCGCACUUCAACUCAACAUUAUAUUCUUUUUCGGUGCUUUUAAUUCUAUCAUCACAAGACUUGCAGGUGGUGAUUUGUCCAUUGUAAGUGGCUAUACGGAUGUGCUUCUGUUACUGCAAACCGUUACUGUGUUUUUAAGCCAACCCUUUGGUUUACUAAUGGAUCGCAACAAACUCAAAUUCUGUCGAAAACAAGGUACUAAACGCAGACUGUUUGACGACCUUAAAGAUGCAUGUCUCCCUCUUGCGUUGACAACCAUCGCAACCAUUGGUUAUUCGGCCUUUCUGGCGGUGCCUCAUCUACAUGUGCAAUAUGUGACCUUUACCCUUGUUUUGAUCGUCAUGUCCGUCUUAUGGGGGUACCUUUCAGCUACCACUGCUAUCAUAUUCCCGAUGAAGAUCUUUUCAACUCUUGCUGGGGCUUUUCGGUCGAUCGGAGGAAUCAUCAUUUUCCUGCAGUAUCCUCUUUUCCGGUUAAUACAGAACAGCCUACACAACGAUCCUUUCUAUGUGAUAAUGGGUCUGAUAGUUGCUGAUAUCACAACGUUCUCGCUUCCGAUCUACAUUUGGUACUUCGUCAAGAAAGAGGCUGACAUCGGCCGCAUAUCCGCCGUUAAACCUGUUAAUGUUUAGGUCUUGAAGAAGGUAAUCUCUUUUGCACAAUCCAUUAUUGUAUGGCCUCCAGAUGAUGAUGGCUUUGAUAAUUGCCUUCAUAACAACAAUUGCUCUUCCGAUCUCCAUUUUUGAUACUUAAUCUGGAAGCAGAUGAAUCCGCCGAUGAAUCCGCCGAUGAAUCCGCCGAUGAAUCCGCCGAUGAAUCCGCCGAUGAAUCCGCCGAUGAAUCCGUUAAUGUGUUUGGGCUGAAUCCUUUAAUGUGUUUGGUCUGGAGGACGUGCAUGUAUCGAAUUUGCAGUCCUUAAUGUAAUUGUAAGUUGGUUUUAAAUAGAGAGAGAGAGAGAGAGAGAGAGAGAAAGUGGGAUGCUUGAUGUUCCGAGCAGGUUGACUGUUUGUCAUUCCAAAAGCAGUCCUCUGUUACUCUAAUAUUUGUCCACAUAGUAUAAUUAAAAAAAAAAAAUAUUUAGAAAGCUCACAACUAGGUGUUUUUUCGUUUUCAGUAGGCAUCCGGGUGUCUUUAAGACGGCAAUUAUAAUGAAAGUGUUUGAAAUCAGGGAAACAUUUGUCUUCCUGCAUACCGGAAUAACUUACUGGACACGGGAACGCAUCUAUUGAGCUAUCCAGAGCCAUCGAUAUACAGAGUUUGGCCAACCCGGUGGUAUUUCAGCUUAAUAUUGCGGCGACUGCUUUGUUUGGCAAGCACAAUAUGAUAUGCGCCAUGUUGUGAGCAACUGAAACCAAGAUGGGCAAACUCUGUGU